AUGGCUAGAGCCAGCCGUGAAACGUUACCUCUACCUCCUGAUGCUUCCAACACUCUGUAUGUUGAGGUACUUCCUCCAACACCACAAAGGAGAAGUAGCUCAUAUUUUCGACCUUUUGUGGAUAUAAGAGUGAGACUUGGAGCAAAGAAUCCAAACAGUCCAGCCUGUGCAGCCACUGCUAUGAGUGCCUUGCAGGUUAUAAAGAUGGACGAAGAUGAUUCUGAUUCUAGAUACUUGCGACUACAGUUUUCUCGGUUCCCAGGCCCAAGGUCUAGUUCUGGAACUCGUGGCGGAGGUGAAUAG